AUGUUCAUCCCAUCACCACACGCGGAAACACGUAUCAGCACCUUACAACAGCUGAUUCGAGAGAACCCCCUCGGUGUUCUCACCACCGCCAUUCCAUCAGAUGCCCAUCCUCUCAUCCUUGCUAGCCACAUCCCCUUUGUCUUGGACGUCGAAGACGAGACGAGUGAUGAGGACCUCGGCCGGUUGAGGGGCCACCUAGCCCGCCAAAAUCCACAAAGCAAAGCAAUGAUCGAAGCUGUCCAAUCUGCCGGUACUGAAUCAACGACACUCGAUCAGGAGGUUCUCGUGCUAUUCACGGCCGCACCUCAUCAUUAUGUCACACCCAAGUUCUACACCGAGACGAAGCCCACGACUGCCAAAGUUGUCCCCACUUGGAACUACGCCGCUGUCCAGGCUUACGGCCGAGCAACAAUCUACUUUGACAGCAAGUCAGAAACUGCGUCUGCCUUCCUAUCAAAGCAGAUUGAUGACUUGUCCAGGCACACUGAGACGUCUGUCAUGGAUUACACUGGAAAGGGAGAUAGACCCGGCCCUUGGAAGGUUGCGGACGCCCCUGAGCGCUACAUUGAAUUGAUGAAGAAGAACAUCAUUGGCAUUGAGAUCGCUAUCGACCGCUUGGAGGGGAAAUUCAAGAUGAGUCAGGAAAUGCGAAAGGGCGAUAGAGAGGGAGUGAUCCGUGGCUUCCAGAGCCUUGGCUCUGACGGUGGUCAAGCCAUUGCUGCCUUGGUUCAGGAGCGAAGCGACAUGAAGGAGCUGGCAAAGACAACGUGA